GGGGCGAUCUCCCCCCGCCCCCCGGCAGCGGCGAAGCGACCCCUGAGCACAGCCGCGGCCGGAGCGUGGGGCGGGGGCUGCCGGCGCGGCGCCCCCGCUGAGCGCGGGGAGAGGAGAAGCCGCCCCCGCUCGAUGAGCGGCGCCCGCCCGCCCGCCGCGCUCUGCCCGGGGACCGGCGGCCGCGGCCGAGCCACCCAGCAGCAUGUGGAGUCCCACCGAGGAGGAGAAAUACGGCGUGGUGAUAUGCAGCUUCCGAGGAACUGUUCCGCAAGGCUUGGUCCUGGAACUAGGUGAAACUGUCCAGAUCCUGGAGAAAUGUGAAGGUUGGUACAGAGGUGUUUCCAUUAAGAAGCCCAGUGUCAAGGGGAUUUUUCCUGCAAAUUAUAUUCACUUGAAAAAGGCAAUUGUCAGUAACAGAGGGCAAUAUGAAACAGUUGUUCCUCUUGAAGAUUCUGUGGUGACUGAAGUCACAGCAACACUGCAGGAAUGGGCUGUGCUCUGGAAGCAGCUGUAUGUGAAACAUAAGGUAGAUCUUUUCUACAAACUGCGGCAUGUGAUGAAUGAGCUCAUAGACCUCCGCAGGCAGCUGCUCUCGGGGCACCUGACACAGGAUCAGGUGCGAGAGGUCAAGAGACACCUCACAGUGAGGCUGGACUGGGGCAAUGAACAUUUGGGCCUUGACUUAGUUCCACGGAAGGACUUUGAAGUUGUGGAUUCAGAUCAGAUCAGUGUUUCAGACCUUUAUAAAAUGCAUUUGUCAAGUAGACACAGUGUCCAGCAGAGCACAUCACAGGUGGACACCAUCCGUCAGCGGCACGGGGAAGCCUGUCGGAUGCCAGUGCCUCAUCACUUCUUCCUCAGCCUGAAGAGCUUCACCUACAACACCAUUGGAGAGGACACAGAUGUCUUUUUUUCUUUGUAUGAUGUCCGGGAAGGCAAACAGAUCAGUGAGAGGUUCAUGGUGAGGUUAAACAAGAACGGAGGCCCCAGGAAUCCGGAGAAGAUCGAUCGAAUGUGUGCGCUUUUCACAGAUCUCAGCAGCAAGGACAUGAAGAGGGAUUUGUACAUAGUUGCCCACGUAAUCCGAAUAGGCCGCAUGUUGCUCAAUGACUCCAAGAAAGGGCCCCCCCAUCUGCACUACCGGCGCCCCUACGGCUGCGCCGUGCUCAGCAUCAUGGAUGUGCUCCAGUCCAUCUCGGAAAUCAAGGAGGAGAAGGACUUUGUGCUCAAAGUUUACACGUGUAACAAUGAAAACGAAUGGUGCCAGAUCCAUGAAAACAUCAUCCGCAAGUCCAGCACCAAAUACACAGCCCCAAGCUCCAACUAUGGACUUAUAAUAUCUCUUCAGCUCCUUCGUGGUGACAUGGAGCAGAUCCGAAGGGAGAACCCCAUGAUCUUUAACAGAGGCGUUUCUGUCACCAGGAAGCUGGGAUUUCCUGAUGUUAUAAUGCCAGGUGACAUCAGGAAUGACCUGUACCUGACCCUGGAGAAGGGGGACUUCGAAAGGGGUGGCAAAAGUGUGCAGAAGAACAUCGAGGUGACCAUGUACGUGCUCUAUGCUGAUGGAGAAAUCCUGAAGGACUGCAUCAGCCUGGGCUCGGGCGAGCCGAGCCGGAGCGCGUACCACUCCUUCGUGCUGUACCACAACAACAGCCCGCGCUGGGGCGAGAUCAUCAAACUGCCCAUCCCCAUCGACCGCUUCCGCGGCUCCCACCUGCGCUUCGAGUUCCGCCACUGCUCCACAAAAGACAAGGGAGAAAAGAAGCUUUUUGGUUUUGCAUUCACCCCAUUGAUGAGAGAUGAUGGCACGACCUUGUCAGAUGAUAUCCAUGAGCUUUAUGUUUAUAAGUGCGAUGAGAACAGCACGUUCAACAACCACGCGCUCUACCUGGGGCUGCCCUGCUGCAAGGAGGAUUACAACGGCUGCCCCAACAUCCCCUCCAGCCUCAUCUUCCAGCGCAGCACCAAAGAGACCUUCUCAGUCUCCACACAGCUCUCUUCUACCAAACUGACCCAGAAUGUGGAUCUGCUUGCCCUGCUCAAAUGGAAAGCUUACCCAGAUCGAGUGAUGGAUAUUCUGGGAAGACUGAGACAUGUCAGUGGCGAGGAGAUUGUUAAGUUCCUACAAGAUAUUCUGGACACGUUGUUUGUAGUUUUGGAUGACAACACAGAGAAAUAUGGUCUGCUGGUCUUUCAGUCUCUGGUGUUCAUCAUCAACCUGCUCCGUGACAGCAAGUACUUCCACUUCCGCCCCGUGAUGGACACCUACAUCCAGAAGCACUUUGCAGGAGCUCUGGCUUACAAGGAGCUGAUCCGCUGUCUGAAGUGGUACAUGGACCGCUCGGCCGAGCUGGUGCGCCAGGACCACAUCCAGGAGGCAAUGAGAGCCUUGGAAUAUCUUUUCAAGUUCAUUGUCCAAUCUCGGAUCCUUUACUCCAGAGCUACUUGUGGAAUGGAGGAGGAGCAGUUCCGCUCCAGCAUCCAGGAGCUUUUCCAGUCCAUCAGAUUUGUGCUCAGCUUGGACAGCAGGAGCUCUGAGACUCUCAUCUUCACACAGGCUGCCCUGCUGAACUCGUUCCCCGCCAUCUUCGACGAGCUGCUGCAGAUGUUCACGGUGCAGGAGGUGGCGGAGUUCGUGCGGGGCACGCUGGGCAGCAUGCCCAGCACGGUGCACAUCGGCCAGUCCAUGGACGUGGUGAAGCUCCAGUCCAUCGCCCGCACGGUGGACAGCCGCCUCUUCUCCUUCUCAGAGUCCCGGCGCAUCCUGCUGCCUGUAGUCCUUCACCACAUUCACCUUCACCUACGACAGCAGAAGGAGCUGCUUAUCUGCUCUGGGAUCCUCAGUAGUAUCUUCUCCAUAAUCAAGACCAGUUCUUUGGAGGGAGAUGUCGUGGAGGAGGUUGAGAUGAUGGUGGAGAGCCUCCUGGACGUGCUGUUACAAACUCUGCUCACAAUCAUGAGUAAAUCGCAGUCUCAGGAGGCGGUAAGAGGGCAGCGCUGCCCGCAGUGCACAGCAGAAAUCACUGGAGAAUAUGUCUCCUGCCUUUUAUCUUUGCUUCGUCAGAUGUCAGACACUCACUUCCAGCACUUACUGGACAACUUCCAAAGCAAGGAUGAACUGAAGGAGUUCCUCCUGAAGAUUUUCUGUGUGUUUCGGAACCUGAUGAAGAUGAGUGUCUUUCCUCGAGACUGGAUGGUGAUGAGGUUGCUCACCAGCAAUAUCAUAGUUACAACAGUUCAGUACUUGUCUUCUGCCCUGCAUAAGAAUUUCACAGAAACGGACUUCGAUUUUAAAGUGUGGAACUCUUACUUCAGCCUGGCAGUUUUGUUUAUAAAUCAGCCAAGUCUCCAACUAGAAAAUGCCACACCACCUAAGAGGAAGAAGAUUCUGGAUAAGUAUGGUGAUAUGAGAGUGAUGAUGGCCUAUGAGCUCUUCAGCAUGUGGCAGAACCUGGGUGAGCACAAAAUUCACUUUAUUCCGGGAAUGAUUGGCCCCUUUUUGGGUGUUACACUUGUUCCACAACCAGAAGUCCGGAAUAUCAUGAUCCCAAUCUUCCAUGACAUGAUGGACUGGGAGCAGAGAAAGAAUGGCAACUUCAAACAGGUGGAGGCCGAGCUGAUUGAUAAGCUGGACAGCCUGGUGUCCGAAGGAAAAGGUGAUGAGAACUACAGGGAACUCUUCAGCCUGCUAACCCAACUCUUUGGGCCUUAUCCCAGUUUGCUGGAGAAGAUUGAGCAGGAAACUUGGCGGGAGACUGGAAUCUCUUUUGUCACGUCUGUCACUCGGCUCAUGGAGCGUCUGCUCGACUACAGGGACUGUAUGAAAGGAGAUGAAACAGAAAACAAGAAGAUUGGCUGCACUGUUAACCUAAUGAAUUUCUACAAAUCUGAAAUUAACAAGGAGGAGAUGUACAUCCGCUAUAUCCACAAACUUUGUGACAUGCACCUGCAGGCUGAGAACUACACAGAGGCUGCAUUCACACUGCUUUUGUACUGUGAGUUGCUUCAGUGGGAGGACAGACCUCUGAGAGAGUUCCUGCAUUACCCAUCUCAGUCAGAGUGGCAACGUAAGGAAGGUCUGUGCCGUAAGAUUAUCCAUUACUUCAACAAAGGGAAGAGCUGGGAGUUCGGCAUCCCGCUGUGCCGGGAACUGGCCAUCCAGUACGAGAGCCUCUAUGAUUACCAGAGCCUCAGCUGGAUCCGGAAAAUGGAAGCUACCUAUUAUGACAAUAUAAUGGAACAGCAGCGCUUAGAACCAGAGUUUUUCAGAGUUGGUUUUUAUGGUCGAAAAUUCCCAUUUUUCCUGCGGAACAAAGAAUACGUGUGUCGAGGCCAUGACUAUGAGAGGCUGGAAGCCUUCCAGCAGAGGAUGCUGAGCGAGUUCCCCCAAGCCAUUGCAAUGCAGCACCCAAACCACCCCGAUGACUCCAUAUUGCAGUGUGAUGCCCAGUAUUUACAGAUCUAUGCAGUGACUCCCAUCCCAGACAAUAUAGACGUGCUGCAAAUGGACCGUGUCCCUGAUCGCAUCAAGAGCUUUUACCGUGUCAACAACAUCCGCAAGUUCCGCUACGACAGACCCUUCCACAAGGGCCCCAAGGACAAGGAGAACGAAUUUAAGAGCUUGUGGAUUGAACGCACCACUCUGACCCUGACUCACAGUUUGCCUGGGAUCUCUCGUUGGUUUGAAGUGGAGAGAAGAGAACUGGUUGAAGUAAGUCCUUUGGAAAAUGCUAUUCAAGUGGUUGAGAACAAAAACCAGGAGCUGAGGACACUGAUAAGCCAGUACCAGCACAAACAAAUGCAUGGCAACAUUAAUCUUCUCAGCAUGUGUCUGAAUGGAGUGAUUGAUGCCGCCGUUAAUGGGGGAAUUGCGCGGUACCAGGAGGCCUUUUUUGAUAAGGAUUAUAUCACAAAGCACCCCGGAGACGCAGAGAAGAUCACCCAGCUCAAGGAACUCAUGCAGGAACAGGUACAUGUCCUAGGAGUGGGUCUGGCAGUCCAUGAGAAAUUUGUACACCCCGAAAUGCGUCCCCUGCAUAAGAAACUGAUAGAUCAGUUCCAGAUGAUGCGAUCCAGUCUGUACCACGAGUUGCCUGGUUUGGAUAAGCUGAGCCCGGCCUGUUCUGGCUCCAGCACCCCCCGCAGCAACGUGCUGGUGUCCCAUGGCCCCAUGAGCCCAGAGAGCAUCAAGAUGGUGCAUCGACACAGCCCACUGAACAUGCUUGGUUCAGUCCGACACUCCUCAUCCUCUCUGUCGUCACACACCUCCAGUGAAACAGGAAACCUGGUUAUCCUGACAGACAGCUCUGUGGGGGAGACUACUGAGGAUAUGUACCACAUGCAGGCUAGUCCUUCCACCUCCAGCCUGAGCUCCACUCACUCGGCACCAUCCCAGAUGAUUAACUCUGCCCCUUCCAGCACUCGAGCGCUGGUGAAAGGUGCUGGAUUGACACCACUGGAGGCUGAAGCCCUCUAUUUACCCACAGAGCAGAUACAGCAUGGGCGGCAGCUGUGCAAGUUCCCCCACGCUGCCCCCACCCAUGUGCCUCAUCUCUGUCCUGGAGGGACCACCUCUAGAGGCUCUCCCUCUCUACCAGAUAAGUACCGCCACUCUCGGGAGAUGAUGAUGCUGCUGCCAGCCCACCGGGACCGACCGAGCAGCGCCAUGUAUCCCACAGCUAUCAUGGAAAACGGACAGCCUCCAAAUUUCCAGCGCGCCUUCAUCCAGCAAAUGAUUGGACCAUGCAAACCUUGCAGUGAUCCCAACCUGUCUGUGGCUGAGAAAGCUGUGCCAGCAGCACCCAGUAGCUGGAGCCUGGACAGCGGAAGCCGAGAGGCGCUGCCAUUCCUGUCUGCCCACGCUGGGAGCAUCCUGGCCCCACCAGUGCCUCCCCGAAGCCUGCCCCAUGGACACUACUCACUGCACUUCGAUGCCUUCCACCACCAGCUCAGUGAUGCUCCUCCGGCACUGCCCGCACGAACGUUGCGCAAGUCCCCUCUUCAUCCUAUCCCUGCAUCGCCCACCAGUCCGCAGUCUGGUCUAGAUGGCAGUAACUCCACUUUGUCCGGCAGUGCCAGCAGCGGUGUCUCUUCCUUGAGCGAGAGCAAUUUUGGACAUUCUUCUGAACCACCUCCUCGCACAGACACCAUGGAUUCUGUGCCCAGCCAGGCCUGGAACACUGACGAAGAUCUAGAGACACCCUACCUCCCUGUCAGGUACAGUCUCUCUGAGCCUGAUGUCCUGGAGUCGCUCAAAUCCCAGCCAUGUCGAAGCCACUCUGCUCCAUCUGGAGUCAUUCCUCAGGACACCAUGGACCCUCCUGCUUUACCCCCCAAACCUUACCACUCCCGGCUGCCAAACAUGGAGAACGAGGAGGGGAUGAUAAUUGAAGAUGAUGACAAACACCGCCCGUUGCAUCGUAAAGUGUCCCAACCAGUGAGUGGUGGAAAGGAAGAGCAGGCCAGGGUGGCAUGGGAGCACGGCAUCAGCGAGCAGUAGGACAGCUCCUGGUAUGCAGCUGGCGUUGGCAUUCCAGGUCUGGAUAUGACAGAGAGAGAGCAGGACUCUGGAACAGCAAACCGAUUUUCUACUGCCGCAAGGUUAUGUCUGAAGCCCACAAAAGCAAUGGGGCCAGCAUGGCAGGUUGCUGCUUUCCUUUUUAAUUUCUUUUUACACCUUUCCGUUAUGUUUUUUAACGUUCUGUGCAGUGGACAGUUUAUUCCUUCUGCAGUUUCUUAACCACAUCACACGGCAUAUGAGCCAUAGAGACUUGCAGAAGCUGAAAAAUACAAUUUUAAGUGGAGGGGAAAAUGGGGGGAAUGUGGCAAGUUGAUUUUGAACCUGCUUUCCUCCUAGUUCUGAGACGCACAUGAGUAGAAGCAGUUGCACUAGGGACAUAUUUCUUUGCUGUACAGAAUUGAAAGCUCAUUGCUGAAAUCAGGGAUUCUAUGAACUGUCAGGCUGGAAGGUGCAUGAGCUGCAGGCAGUGGAAAGAUGACAAUUCUAAGAAGAAAUUGGCUCUUUUGAGAGCAAGAUUGUACAUAUCUGUGCAGUGAUCUCCCUGCAUUGGUUCAUAGGUGCUGAGGCAAUCUAAAGCAGUGCUGAUGCACUGAUCUCCAAGAUAUCAUUUCCAACAAACUCUGCCUCCUUUGUUUUUUAUGUACUGUUUCAUUUCUUAAAUUUUGCUUUCACUGGCUAAGCCAACCUGCUUUCUCAUGGGAAUCGUGUUAUUCAUCUGUGCUACAGAAUGAGAGGAGGUUGGUGGCUACUGGAGCUACAACCUCAUUGUAGGCCUUUCCCAUGCCCAGCUUUGGGCAGGCUGUUGACACCAGCAUUUCUAUUCCAGAUUAAAACAAAACCAACCAAAUUGAGUUUCUCAUGCCACAAGCUGGUUGUUGACCCAGCCAGUAAAGGUGGCUUAAAUGCAUCAUAUCCAACAAUCCUUGCCUCAGGGCUGAACAUCAUGAUUCUCACCAACUUCCAUCACCCAGGAGCUGAGAUUCAUUCCUUUUAACUCAAUAUCCUCAGUCCCUCCCAACAACUCACUGCAGCUGGUGUCAGAAAGAAUCUCCAAUCUCUCAGAGCAGACAGAAAACACCAAGACUUGAGCAAUGCCUGGUAUCAAGUGUACACCCCAGAGUCAGGGACCUUAAAGGCAACCUGUAAAGAAUAAGUGUUUGUUUCCUCUUUUGCUUCUUUAGAAUGUGUAGUAAGAGCUGCUGAUCCUCCCUUCUGGAAGUCUAAUUUCUUUCGCCUUUUCUCCUCAGGCAGCAAUACACCCUUUCCCCAAUCUCCUAUUUUUUAUUAAUAAGCUCUAAAAAGGGCUGAAGAAUACUGUGGGGGACGCCAAGCCACACCACACAAACCAGAACUGUGCAGAGCUGAAGACAGUUCAGGUCUACGAACCCAAAACAUGCCUUUUUGUCAGUAGUUGCACAGUUCAGGAAAAAAAAAUAUGUAGGUAAUAUUCUUCUUUACAAAGAAAAGAUCUUGGUUCUAAGAAACCUUUUAUUCCUGUUUUCAUACUUACCAAGAAAUUUUCAAUCAGAAUAGUAUCAAAUAUUUAAUGUUUUUAGAUGAACAAGCCACCUUCCUUUCCCUUGCCAUACCCACACACGUUUUAGCCUUCCUUAUAACCCUUUCACCUGCAGACUGCAAAGCACACUCCUAUAGGAUGGAAACAGCCCUCCCUCUUUCACACCACUCAAAAAUCUGAAGCACAUUCAAAUAAAACCUCCACGAUAAAAAUUAGUGCCAGAAGCAGGAACAGCACCCAACUUCUGUGUUGAAUUCUUGCCUAACUGCUCAGUUUCUCCUGCUAAAAACAGCAUAAAGAAGCAAAAAAGGAUUAUUAUAAAUCUUUUACAGGUCACCUUUAGCACUACCUCUAAAUACAGUGACUGGGCAGAGUACAUAGUUUCUGAACUGGCUAAAGAUGGUCUGGCUGUAUAAAGUCUGGACUCAGCAGUUGUAUGAAGGGGACUUUAAGAGGAUUUGUUUGUUUUCUUUCUCAAGCUCUAGCCCAUGCAAAACUACUAAUUAUGGAUUUGUUUCUUAAAUGGCCUAUUUGGCUGGAACAAAGUCUCUCUUGCUUCCUCUAUUUUGUUACUAACACAGGCUGCUUGUAAUCAUUAUAUCCUUCACAAUUUAAACAAUGAUAAUAAAAUCUGGCCUAUAGUGGAUGUUUCAUCUUUAGCAGGAAGGAGAGUUUUCCAAUGCUAAGACAGUAUUCAAUGUUAACAAACCAAGCUGGAGCUCUGGUAUAGAACAAAUGCAGGAAAACAACUGAUGUUUUCAGUAAACGUAAGUCAAGGUAAUUCCUUAGAAAAGGUGAAAUGUUUUCACGUAUGCUAUCCUCCAAUCCCACUGAGACUCUUCCAGUGAAAUUCUUCAAAUAAUUAAGUUUUAAUUCCAUCUCCCUUGCCCAAGUUUCUUUCUUUUCCUGGCAGCAAGACUAAAAGUAGUAAAUGUAGUGACUUACCGAGCUUCCUUAAUGUGAAAAACCAGCAGGUCUUGCAAAUAAUGAAGAACCAAGAAUGCAAUUACCAUGGGACUGAGUCCCAAGCAGCUGGAAAACCUGCCCACCAGAUCUCUAAUCAGUCUCUGAAAAUGCAUCAUCCUGCUCUGAUUAGAGACCUGGUACAACAGCAGUGAGUUCAUUUGUGGAGUCUGGCUUUCCUAUGUAUUUGCAAGAGUUUGAAGAUCAAUCAGGUGAUGUGUACAAAUACUUACUUUAUGGCAGGUCCACAUAAAGAAAGGUGGAAUAAAUUGCUGAAUUUACCAAAUUUAAGCCUCUCUGGAGUUAAAUUUCUGUUAUUGUUCUGAUAUAUACCAAGUAUUCUGUCUCCCUUUUCAGUGUUUGCCUUAAAGGGAGCAGAAGAUAGAAAGACUAUUAUUAAGAUUUUGUGAAUCUUGGAACUAAUAUUGCCUGGAACUACUAUUUCUCUGUAGGGUGAGGUGUCUUUUAGCAUAGUACAACUCCAACGUCAAGCUCAGUCCUGGAGUAGGUGGAAGCAACAGCAGUUGCACUUGCCCAACAGGAUUUGAAGAUUCCUUGUAUAAACCACAGCAACAGGAUGUUUUGAAUGGGACCUUGACAUUCUAUACCUAACUCUAAUUCAAACCUCAGUGUACUUGCCUUCAUUGGGUUUCUUUGCAUAAGAAAAUAGCAUGUGCAUUCCUGAGAAAAUUGGUGGAAUUCUGCUAUAAAUCUCUCCAUCGUCAGUACCUGCUGGCCCCAUCUGAAACAAAAUUGAGAAGAAGCUACAGUGGUAGAAGAAAAACAAUUAAAGCAAUUUCUCUAAAUCCUACUUUUCUUUCCCAAUAGUUGGGUUGGUUUUAUUGCUGUAUGCAAGGCUUAGAUCCUUUUUCGUAUUUUCCUCUGUUUGGUUUUUAGCUUAAUUACCCUUUUUUAGGUAAGGGAUAUUGCAUAUCCCUUCUAUGGAGUAUCAGCCAACACUGGGGAGGCUGGAGAGAGCAAGAGCCUUUGGGAAACAAAUUAUGUGGUAUUUAAAAUUUCCUCUGGUCAUGCUUCUUUGUAAAUACCCCCAUUUGAAUGCUGUGUAUUUGUACAGGAAAUUGAGCAAAAAAUGUAUAGAUUGUGAUGUCUGACUGGUAUUCUGCCCUGUAAAUGUGUUUUUAACCUCUGGCAUUCUGUGCUUAUUUAAAAAAAAAAAAAAAGCGAAAACCUCUAACCACUUCUCUUUUGUGUAUUCAUGUUUAAAAUAAAAUGAAAACAGCUAUCUUAUCUAUAAUGGAAAUCAAAUUCAAAAGGAAAAAAAUAAUUUGUACAAGUGUCCUAAAGGUACUUCAUUGUAUAUAUUGUGAUAGCAUGUUUCCAGAACCAACAAAUAAGUGGUGUGAAUUUUAGAUGUAAAUAUCUGCCGUUUGUUUUGGGUUCCUUUCCCUUACCCAUUCACUCGACUGCUGUGAUGUGGAAUUAAAGAUUAAUACCUGAUAUUAAAACAGUA